AUGGCACCUCCCGUCCCAGUAUAUACAAUAGAUGAUAUAAAACUACAGUAUAAACAACAAUUAGAUAAUCCAGCAGAAUAUAAAUGUCACUUAAAGUCUAUAACACAACAUGAAUGUACUUUUAAACCAUCAACUUAUAAAUCAUCACCAGAAAUAAUAUGUUUACCUUUCAAAAGAAUAUUCCAAAAAUGCUUGAUACCCAGUAUACAACAAAUUAAUGGUAAAAAGACAAAAGUAGAAAAGUGGACUAAUAUUGAAAUCACAAAUGAUAUGACAAAUCAUGAUUUAAUGGAACUGGAUUCUAAAUAUUAUAAUUAUGUUCAAGAUUUUUUAAAUGCUGAAAAGGAAUUUAGAGAAUUAAUGGAAAAAGAAUAUCAUGAAUCAAUUUAA